AUGCAAGUUGUCUGGGAGGCGGACACGGCGGCCUUCGCAAGCCGCAAGAGAGCCGCUCGGGCGUGUCAGAAAUGCCGCGCCGCGAAGAAGCGCUGUCAUCACACCUUUCAGCGCCCGCCAGAGCAGCAAGCAGAUUCUGACGGGCUGGAGAGAGUCCUGCCCAAUUUGACACACAAAGAACCCAUCCGCUUCGUUGGAGAUCUGAAUCCCGAAUCCAUACUCACGGACUUGUCAUCCAGGAAACAGGGCACACAGAGGAUCAGCCGAGUAGGUACCUGGGUUGAACAGUCUCGCGAUCUGCAAAACGGACUCCCUCCAGAAGACCUUGGCCCACCGCCGCCACAGAAGUCAGGAGACAAAACGCCACUCAACGUUGAGAAGUAUGGCAAGGUUGAAGGUGGCCGGAGGACCCUGACUGGCCAUCAACGAAAUUACUUGCAAGCCGUGGGCGCCUUUCGAGUUCUGCCCAAAGCAACUCAGGAUGCGCUGGUUACCACUUACAUUGCCUGUUUUGACGGGCUUUUGCCCAUUCUGAACGGCAUUAAACUACUUCGGGACUACACCGAAGGACGGUGUUCGAUAUUCCUUAUGCAAGCGAUAUGCCUUGUCACCUGCAAGACCGAGGAGGCUGCAGCGUAUCUCCGGCUUUACGACGAUGGUCCACUUCUCGACCCCAUCCCAUUUGCCCGGAGUUUGCAUACCGGGUUGGACGCCGCCAUGAAGGCUGAUCUGGAGCCUGAUAGAGUCACCAAAAUCCAGAUCCUGACUCUGAUGCAUUUGCACAACGAUGGACCAGGAGGCAUCGAAGAGUCCUCACUCCAUUUGUCGCAAGCUAUCCACGACGCAUGGACGGCCGGACUACACAUCCACACACCGGGACGAUCUCCGAAAGAUCAAUCAAGCAUGCUGUGGUGGACCAUUUGGACCCUCGACAAGAUCAAUGCCUGCCUCGGUGGGCGGCCGAUCGUGAUUGCAAAUCGAGACAUCGACAUCACACGCCCGCCGCUCGAGAGCGGCGUUCCCAGAAGUAAUGUCAUCAAUCUGUGGUUGAGAUUGGGGGAUCUUCUCGACGAGGUCAUCGAAUUUUAUAGACCGACAGCAGACCCGGAGUGUACAGGAUGGGAAACCGAGUUCCCGCCUUAUCGGUCACUGACUGAGGGUAUCGAUUUAUCCUUGCUUCCCAUCUCCGAACAAAGUAUCCUCGAAAUCUGCUAUCACGUCAUUUGUAUUCUCUCCUGUCGUGCCGGCGGCCCCUCUACCACCUCCUACACCCGUCGCAUCUCCGCGGCAGACCGGAUCCAAGAAUUGCUCUCCAACGGCCGCCACACAUCCCUUCUGCCCAUUCCCCUGGUUCCCUAUGCGGUUGGUCUUGCCCUGACAGUCACAUACCGCGGUCUCCGUGACAAUGCAUUCGAAGAUAGCGACCGUGCACAGGCCGAUCUCGCUACGCGAUGUGAGACUUUGGAGGCAUUGAGCAUGUACUGGUGGACGGCAGAUGCGAUGGCCAGAUUAGGGCGGAAGGCGUUGAAGUCUUUGCAGCAGACGGGAGUGAGGAAAGCCAGCGUGGCCGGGAUCGUGAGUGCGAUGGAAGCGGAGGUUACUGCGUGCAAGUUUGGACCGUUUGAAGCGAAAGGACAUCAUGGAGGAGGACAUCAUCAUUCUCACAGUUCCUCCACGCCUGCCGCAACUCUUAGCGCAGCUGCCACGACUAUGACAAAAUCAACGUCUUCUAGUGGUGGUGGUGGGUCGAGAGGAAAUGGGUUACAUGUCCUUUCCGAUGCAGCAGCUACGCACUCGACUGGAACAACCACGAAUCUGGCUUCCUCGCCCUCCGUUGGCAGCGGCAACGGCAAGUGUCGCGGGAACGCCGCGAUCGCCAGGGCGGUGUCCAACACACCCGCAUCGCUCUCAGCCACAUCUCCCAAGACAACACAGUCACAACAGUUCAACAACAACAACAGCAGCUACGCCUCGGGCUUCAGCCAGAUCCCACCCGAGUCUGCGUUCCAGUACCAGAACUACAACAAAAGCACGCGAUUUCAGACAUCAUCCGCCCUUAAUAGCUACAGCUACAGCCAUCACAAUCCUCUCGCGCCGACAUCCUCCUCUACGACAGCAGGAGGAGCAAGUGGAAGUGGUGGAGCGUUUACGUCGCUCGACGUGCCAUCUUCGUUCGGCCCGGGCAUUUACGACCCGCAAUUCACGAACCUGGACGAGCUGUUCGACGGCUUCUUCGACCUCAGUAUGCCGACCAUCUUCCAGGACCCGCUCUUCGAUGGCGACGCCUUCCUCAACGCCGACCUCGACUUCGGCAUGGAUCCCGGCCUCGCGACUAUCGAGGGCCUGGGCUACGCCACUGAUGUCACAGGUGCUGGCGCCGCGGCCGCUGGCGCAUUGCAUGCCAGAUCAGGAUCGACAUCGGCACCCCCAUCAGCAGCAGCGGCAGCAGGGUCUGGAGGACCUGGAGGUCCUGGGAAUCCCGGCUCAUCGACGCCCAGAGCAUCUACAGGCACGGCGUAUCCGGAGAUCACUAUGCACUAA